CUCUGGUGUAUUUGAUAUCAGUAUAUUUAAUAUGACGUUUACAAUAAUUUUGAUAGGACAAUAUUCGGUUUUAAAACCUUCUCAUCGUUGAAUUUUUCUUAAUUAUCCUGAAGCAGAACUGAUUCAAUAGUGAUAUCGUAUUUAACCAUCAUGUGCGACGUGUUGAAACGAAAGUCCCAGGGAUAUUGUCGCGGUAAAAAUAAACUACGAACUGUCACCACGACAAAAUGGGAGCUACCGAUAUCUGGUUCGAAAUCUUACUGGGACAAAAUUUGCAACGACCUUGAACGACGCAAGGAACACGUAAGUUAUGCAUCUCACCUUUCCUCUCCCUCGCCCGAUGCAACAAUCGAUCCUAACGCGCUUUCAAAUUCCCAACAAAUAAAACUGAACAAAUUUAAUUGCGGUGAUGAACCGAUUGUCAAAAUAUCUCCGCCAACGCCGAUGCGAACGGCACCCCCGAGUCACCCCGAUAAACCAACAGUAAAUGGAAAUUACUCUAAUUAUAAAAACGAUGCAAAUGAAGUAACAAAUACGGUCUCACCGGAUAUUUUGAGUUCCGUUAAAGUGGCCGGAAGUAGGGACGUAGAUCUGUACGACAUUUCGGUGACCAUGACAGAGUUUUUAAAAGCGAAUAACGUUAAGACGAAAAAAUCUUGUCAGAUUCAUAAAAACGCGACCCCGUUAAAGAUAUUCGACGACAAUCUUAAACAAUUUUUGCCAAAAAAAGAAUUGCCAACUAAAUUACCUGCACCUGCACCAUCGGUUCCGGCGACAAAUUUUUUAUUCUCUUCCAAAAUACACAGAGGAAAAGAUUGCCCCUUCCGGCAAAAACCAGCGCCUGAAAAUCGCACAGAUUUCGGUGUCACUUUGGCCUCAAGUAAAAACCAUGUACCAAAAAUUUUGAGGCCUGUAGAUCUACGUAAAAUUAACACUGAUCAAUUUUUAAAAGUGCCAACAUCACCCUAUGCUCAUUUACGCCCGUCAUCGAGCUAUCGCAUUUCAAACUCUAAAUCAAAAUCUAAAAUCCUCGAGUCCAACUUGACCUACAUGUUAGAAAUCCCGAAGCUGGAAGAUGCCAUUAAAGACUCUAUCGACAAAAUUGAUGACACGAACGACUCAGAAGCCGACGUACAGUUAGGCAUAAAUGACCAACAAAAGAACCAAAAAAUAGCCACACCAGAAACUGGAAUCGUAAGCAUUGGCAGUGACGCAAGUGCAGAUUUCAAUGCUUCGGAAUUGACGGGAGGAUCUGAAUCUAUCAGGCAAACCAGCAGCUUACCAAGAUUGUCCGAAGAGUUAUCGAUGGCUCUAGAUUCAGAAAAUGCUGAGGGCAAACUGUGUCCAGUUGGAGACAGAAUUGACGUUACGAGUGUAAAAGACAAAGUAGAAAAGGACUUUCUCAGGGUACCGAAAUUGGGCACGAUCAGUUCCUAUCCUAGUUUCAGCAAAUUAACAGCUGGAGACAGCGUGGAGGGAGACGAGGGUCAAAAGAAAGAAGCCCAAGGAUCACCCGGAGGUGACAAUUUUCAAAUAUUGAAAAUUUCGGACCGACAAUCAGAAUCAGCUAAAAGAGAUUAUUUGAAGGUCCCAAAAUUGAGCAUGAUGAGCUCGUAUCCCAGUUUUACCAGCCUUAUCCCCGAAAGUCUCGAUAGCGACGACAACGCUUUGGAAUCGACUUCCGACCGAGCUGUUCCGGGGGAUCUUUCAAGUUCGGGAAUUUCUAAAUCAUCUCAAGGCGCGGUCGUCGGCGGAGAAAAGCUCGCGCAGUCGGGUAUCGUCAAUGAAAAGACCGUCACCUACAACGAUGGUUCGGAGCCGAUGACGAAUCAAACGAAAGAAGUUGACUCGAGCCCGGAUUCUUCGACCAACAAGCGUGCGAAACGAAAAAAAUCUUUGAAAGACUCUAUACGCUACGCUUACAAAGCUUUGAAAUUUCUGACGCCUAAUAAAACACUGGAUUUCGAACCGCGAAGUUAUCAUCCCCAGGAUCAAACUGGUUCUUCCGGUGGGUCAAGCGAAAGUUCCCGCACGUCGAAAUACUCGAAAGUUGAACCAGCGAUCAAACUUCUGACUUACGACGACAUAGAAAAAGACAGAGCCCCCGAACGAUCGAUGAGCUCGAGCAGUUAUGGAACGGUUAGAUCAAGACUGAAGCAAAAUGCUUCUCAGUACUUGGGUUCGGAAUAUGCUUUCACAAGUUCAAGAGCCCGACCCGCGACCGCGUCUACGACGAUGCCUUCUUUAACGAGAUCCACGUCCGGUCCCAGCCUGAACUUUCAGGAACCUGUGCUCCAGAAACCUUCGAAUGCGAUUCUGAAAAAUUUACCUAAAAUAUCCAUAUAUCCACGGAAAAAACGCGACAAAUGUUUAGCCUGUUUGUACAACUCGUUCGAAGAACCCGUUCAAUCUAGAAGAAAACUACCAUUGGCUGUUUGGAACGCAGUGAAAAAGGAAGAAAUCAUCGAACUCCCCGAAUCUGUGUCAAGCUCCAUAAGCCUACCGGACGUGAAGGAUCUCGCCUUGUCUCAAUCCGACGACGAGGACAACUGGACAGAAGUUUUGAGGAGUACGAGGAGAUCGCCUGUGUUGGGUAAAAUCGAAUGGAAAUCGUCGUCGAAGAGCUCACUGAGGACGGACGUCGACUCUCAUAAAUUGGGAAAGACUUUCGCUUCGGCGUCCGAAGAAACUCAACCAUCGAGAAGCGAUGGCAGUCCGGACGCUACGCGAAGAAAUUUACAGUCAAAGGAUUCUCUGGUGGCGAACAAUUACCCGAAACCGUUGUCCUCUUCGGAACAUUCGAAACCUUCGUCACUAAGCGGCCACAGUUCCGAGUCCGAAGAACCUCACGUUCAGGUCAAGAAGACCACUCCUGCCUCGGAAUGUUUUGUUUCACCAUACGCGCCACUUCAUUGGGUGCCUAGUCUAGAUCCGCUGAAAUCCCUGAAAUUCAGAAAGCCCGUUUCAAUGUACGGCCGCGCGGACUCGAUGACAAAAACUGAAGAUGACGUUAGCUCCGACGACAAUGCGAACGAUUUUCGUAGCGCGAGAAAAGAGACCAAGUCGAGCAACGCUGCGGCUGGCAGAAAAACCGAUGGUGCCGAAAAAGCGAAGGUGGUACCGUCAAACAAAAUCGGCGACAAAGGCGUUCUGUUGAGACAAAAUUCCGUUGCUGCUAAAUCGAUCGCUUCGCAGCUAUCGCCCCAUGCCGAUCUGGGCAAGAUGAAAUCCAGAGUCGAUCUGUUCGGUAAAAAAAUCGAGGACGAAACGAAAUGUGAAGAAGUGCCUGAAGAACCGUCGGUUGAUUUAGCGGAUGCUCCCGAUGCGUCGGGUGAUGUAAAGUUAAAAUCGGUGUCGGAAUCAGGUGAUGAUUCAAUCCCAGUCGCAGGAGAUGACGGAGGGAAAUCGCUGACUAAAUUUUCAUUGCCGCUGAAUGCUUCGGUGCCUGAAAAAGUCGAGGAGGAUAUUCUUCACUCCAAGCAAUUGGAGAAGCUUACGGCAACGGCGGAUGAGAUUCUUUCGAACGACCGUGCAAUGAAAAUUUUAGAUGAUUGUAUCGAGAAAAAUCUGACACCGUUAGAGAUGCUGAAAGUUUUGAGUUCCGAAACUGUUGAAAAUCUUGCAUUUGUAAAAAAUAAAAACUCAUCAACACCGAAUUCCGAAAUCUCGCGAUCGAUUAAAAUUGCUAAGAAUUUAAUAAAAUUGUUGAUAGAUUCCAGGAGGUACUUGAAUCCCGAUACAUUUUCCCCAAACCUUAAAUUUUCCUCCCCGCAGACCCCCCUUUGCAAUCCACGCCAAUUGAGACGAGUCCUACCGCCAAAAACGUACAACUUAAUCGCUCGCAUAUUGGGAAUGCCGGAAAAUCCUGCGGGAGAAUCCUUGGACCGUAAAACAGGUUCGAAACCGGGAUACCAACCGAAAGACCCCUUCAAACACAGGCAGAGCUACAACCAAGCUCUCGACAACGAAUCUAUGAUUGUACAUCCACCUUCCGCUCGAGGUGAAAAGUUAUUUACGGACGAAGAAGAUUUCGACUACCCCCAGCUGAGCCCUUACGCUCUUUUCGUGCGUAAACCCAGACGGAAGGCCAUUACUUGGAGACCAUUGACGGAACGGGAUAUGUUGGGCUACGAUCCUGAAGCGACACUGAACAUGCGCGCGACCAGAAUGACGAAUAAAAUUUGCAAAGAUUUUUGCGAAUGGUUGCGCGGAUUGGGAGGUGGACACGGUGACGACAUCGAUGAAGAGGUUCUGCGCGACAUGUUCCAAAUUGAAUUCACGGCUGAAGCCUGCCGAACGAUGCAGGUUCUGGUCAAAGAAAUACCCAUGGUUCCGAUGGCUGUGGCGAUGGCGAGGAACACUCCGGGGGCAGGAGAACUGGCAUUGACACGAAAGCAUCUCAUCAAGGAUGCAAAGGCUGAACGAAGGUCGAAAAAGACUAUCGGAUUUGGAUCGAGUUUGCCGAAAGGCCAACGUUUCGUUCCUCCCAAAAAUCGUGUCAACGAAAAAUGGUUGCAAUGCGAGAAUGUCCCCAGGGAUCUUGAGACCAUGGCGACCGUAUGGAAGGGAAUAACGCAUUUGGACAGUGUCAAAGGGUUCCUUGCUUGGGUGAAAGCUCAUCCGGGGGUCAAGCCACCAAAAAUCCUGACGGACGCAUUCGCGAAAAAAGAGGAGCUGUCCAGACAGCCGUCUGCAGACGACGCAGGUGGGCACAUUGAAUUGGAAAUGGAUCAAAUAGAAAGCCUCAAAGUCGGGGACAUGGAAUGAUAGCGCUAUUACUGCGAUAGGCAUGUAUCGGCCUUCCUUAAAUCUAUGAACUUUCAAUAAAACUAUUACCUGAGUCAAACAGAUCAUCAUCACAUCAUCAAUCCCAAUUUCUCGACAUGGAUUUUCCCCUUCGAGAAAAUCGAGAUAUGAUGAAUUACCGGUAGUUGCACUAGUUCGUGUUGCGUGUUUCUCCUUCGGGAGAAUUUCUUUCAGGCUACAAAAUCCCAGAGAUCUAAUUGCCUUCGGCUAAAUCGCAAAACAGAUUGCUUUCUGUACCAUCUGAAGAUGUAAUCAGGAGUUACAUGGAACUGAAAAUAUCAUCAACAGU